AUGAAUUCGACGGCUUUUUCCGCUUGUGGUUUCUGAUCACACCGUACACGAAUGUUGAUGGAGCAGAUAGCGUAAUUGGUGUGUGCUCUAUUGUGCUCCGACAGUCAUGCUUUCGAUCUUCAAUGUUGCUACACGCUGUCAAGCUAGACUUUAGUACAAAAUCAAGUCACAGAAUUGCAUGGCAUUUAGUGAGGCACCUCAGCAAGAGCUACUACGAAGUGUUGGGGGUGAAGAAUGACUGCACACAGAAGGACAUCAGGGACGCCUAUGUCAAGCUGUGCAAACAGCUCCACCCUGACGUCAAAGGUGCUGCCACAUCAAUAAAAGACCACAGCAAGUUUACUGAGCUCAACCAAGCCUACACAAUCCUUAGCAAGCCUCUUGACCGCAAGCAUUACGAUGACACUCUACUGCAUCCAGAGCUUCACAACGUCCAACGUACAGUGUGGAGGCCAUACACACGUUAUGAAGAGCCAUUCAUGCACACAAAAGGCUCCAGUGGCUACGAUGACUAUGAGACACCAGGAUAUGAGGACUUUGCUCAUCUGUACAAAGAAAAACGAAGACAGCACCAGAAUGCCAAGGUCUAUAUUGUGAUGGGGUGCCUUGUCUUGAUCGUUUCUGGUGCUUGCCUCCAUUAUGUAGCGUUCAGAUAUGGAAGCUCCAGCGAAAUGAAGAGGAAGAUUCAAGAGAACAGCAGAAAGAACUGGGCAGAGUACCAUCAAUCCAAGAGUGACUUCAGGAAGUACGGCAUGGAAGGCCAGAUGGAGCGGCUACUCGGAUUCAAACGGGAGACAAAAGAGGACAAGGGUGAUAAAAGCAGUGAAGACUGAGCCUUAGUAUGUUUGAUUUAGGAACAAGCUUAAUAAAUAUAGGUGUUCUAUUGCCCUGCA